UAGCUUCAGUUCUUAGCUCUCUCCGUCUCCCCAGUCUUGGUGGACACGUUAACUAUCUUCCAAGAAUCCGUCUUUGACUAUCUGUUUGUCUCUUUUGGGCUCCCUUGAUAUAUAUAAACACACAUCAAAUUGAGUCUUCAAUAUUCACAGGUAGAAACCUCAAAGCUUCGAAGUACACCUCUUUUUGCUAUAAACUCUCUAAAAAAUGGAACUUUUUGAUUCAGCAAAGGUUGUUUUGUUAACUUUCUUUACACACUCUUCUUCUUCACUCAUGUAUUCAGGUACUAAUUUUCUUCUUAAACCCAUUUUCCUACGUGGGUUCUCCGCUUCGUUGCACUUAGUUUUGUUACUUGUGUUAUUUCUCUCGUGGGUUUGGAAGAAACUGCGAGCGAGUGUUAGUCAUAGUACUGAGGAGUCGAAGGAGAGGUUUAAGAACCGAGGGGUUUUGUGGUAUAAGCGGACUUUUGUUUGUUGUUUAGGUGUUUCAGUGUUUAAUCUUGUGUUGUGUUUAUUAAGUUACUUCUAUUGGUAUAGAAAUGGUUGGUCGGAUGAUAAACUGGUGACCCUUUUUGAUUUUGUGCUGAGAACACUUGGUUGGGGUUCAAUUUGUGUUUAUUUACAUACUCAGUUUUUUAGUUCCGCUGAACAAAAGUUCCCAUUUUUAUUGAGAGUUUGGUGGGGUUCUUUCAUGUCUAUCUCCUGCUAUUGUCUUGUUAUUGACGUUCUUCUUUACAAAAACCAUGUGUCUUUACCAAUUCAGUAUUUGGUUUCUGAUGUCGUCUCUUUUAUCAGUGGGUUGUUUUUCUGUUAUGUGGGGUUUGUGAAGAGAAGUGAGGGUGAAGACACCCUCCUUCAAGAACCACUUUUGAAUGGUAAUUCAAAUGUAGGGUCAAGAAUCAAGUCCAAAGGGGCUGAUAAAGUGACCCCUUAUUCAAAUGCUGGUCUAUUUAGUCUUUUAACUUUCUCUUGGAUGGGUUCUCUGAUUGCUGUCGGCAAUAAGAAAACAUUAGACCUAGAGGACGUCCCUCAGUUAGAUAAGGAAGAUAGUGUAGCUGGGGCCUUCCCAAUUUUCAGAAGUAAGCUUGAGGCAGAGGGUGGCGUUACCACUAUAAAACUGGUGAAGGCAGUGGUCUGGUCAGCAUGGAAGGAAAUUCUGUUAACAGGUUUCCUUGCUCUUUUAUACACAAUGGCCUCAUAUGUUGGCCCCUAUCUCAUUGACACUUUUGUGCAAUACCUCAAUGGGAAGCGGGAAUUUGAAAAUGAGGGGUAUGUUUUGGUUUCGGUGUUUUUUGUUGCGAAACUUGUGGAGUGCCUCUCCCAGAGGAACUGGUUCUUUCGGUUGCAGCAGCUCGGAAUUAGGAUCCGAGCAGUUCUUAUUGCAAUGGUGUACAACAAGGCUUUGACACUUUCAUGUCAGGCGAAGCAGGGGCAUACCAGCGGGGAAAUCAUUAAUUUCAUGACUGUUGAUGCUGAGAGAGUUGGUGACUUCAGCUGGUACGUGCAUGAUCCCUGGAUGGUGCUUGUGCAAGUUGCUUUGGCAUUGGUGAUCUUGUAUAAAAAUCUUGGGCUUGCAUCGAUUGCAACUCUAUUGGCAACAAUAAUUGUUAUGCUGGCGAAUUUUCCUUUGGGGAGAUUGCAAGAGAGGUUCCAAGACAAGUUGAUGGAAUCAAAAGAUAAGAGGAUGAAGGCAACUUCUGAGAUUUUAAGGAACAUGAGAAUUCUUAAACUUCAGGGAUGGGAGAUGAAGUUUUUGUCUAAGGUUGUUGAGCUCCGAAAGAGUGAGGCUGGAUGGUUGAAAAAAUAUGUUUACACUUCAGCGAUGACCAGUUUUGUCUUCUGGGGUGCUCCUACUUUUGUGUCCGUGGCCACUUUUGGCGCUUGUAUGCUUUUAGGAAUCCCGCUUGAGUCGGGCAAGAUCUUAUCUGCUCUUGCAACGUUCAGGAUUCUUCAAGAGCCAAUCUAUAAUCUUCCUGACACAAUUUCAAUGAUCAUUCAGACUAAGGUUUCGCUUGAUAGACUUGCAUCUUUUCUAUGUCUUGAUGACUUGCAGACUGAUGUUAUAGAGAAGCAGCCAAGAGAUAGUUCUGAUACAGCAAUAAAUAUAGUUGAUGCAAACUUCUCCUGGAAUAUUUCUUCCCCAAAUCAAACGCUAAGGGAUAUCAACUUGAAAGUGUUCCAUGGCAUGAGGAUUGCAGUUUGUGGUACUGUUGGUUCGGGUAAAUCAAGCUUACUUUCGUGUAUCCUGGGAGAAGUACCCAAGAUUUCUGGUAACCUUAAGCUGUGUGGUACAAAGGCUUAUGUUGCUCAGUCGCCGUGGAUACAGAGUGGCAAGAUUGAAGACAACAUCUUGUUUGGUAAGGAAAUGGACAGAGAAAGGUAUGACAGAGUUCUUGAAGCAUGUUCCCUGAAGAAGGACUUGGAGAUCCUGUCUUUUGGUGAUCAGACUGUUAUAGGUGAGAGGGGAAUUAAUUUGAGUGGAGGACAGAAGCAAAGGAUACAGAUUGCGCGUGCUCUGUACCAGGAUGCUGAUAUCUAUUUGUUUGACGAUCCUUUUAGUGCAGUGGAUGCGCAUACAGGAUCUCACCUCUUUAAGGAAGUAUUGCUGGGUGCUUUGAGUUCAAAAACGGUGAUUUAUGUUACUCAUCAAGUGGAGUUCUUACCUGCUGCUGAUCUUAUCUUGGUGAUGAAGGAUGGAAAGAUUACACAAGCUGGAAAGUACACUGAAAUUCUUAAUACAGGAACUGAUUUUAUGGAACUUGUGGGUGCACAUAAGCAAGCUUUGUCAGCUCUUGAUUUCAUAGAGGGUGGGCAUGUUUCUGAAAAAAUAAGUACUAGCAAAGAAAAUUGUAGCACAAGUAGUAAUGGUGGUGUUGCUAAAAAUGAAAAACAUCAAGAUGUUCAGAAUGAUAAAGCAGAUGAAGUAGCAGAGGCAAAAGGGCAGCUUGUGCAAGAAGAAGAGAGAGAGAAAGGUAGAGUUGGGUUUUCAGUGUACUGGAAGUAUAUCACUACAGCAUAUGGAGGAGCCCUUGUGCCAUUUAUAUUGUUGGCACAGAUUCUCUUUCAGACCCUUCAAAUAGGCAGCAAUUAUUGGAUGGCUUGGGCAACUCCUGUGUCUGAGGAUGCAAAACCACCUGUUGGGGGCUCUACACUAAUAAUUGUGUACGUAGCUUUGGCUAUUGGCAGUUCCUUUUGCAUCCUUGGCAGAGCAACACUUCUUGUAACGGCUGGAUACAAAACGGCCAGUAUUCUCUUUAAUAAGAUGCAUCUGUGCAUUUUCCGUGCCCCCAUGUCCUUCUUUGAUGCAACCCCAAGUGGACGAAUUAUAAACAGAGCUUCUACCGAUCAAAGUGCGUUGGACUUGAACAUUCCGUUUCAAGUUGGGGCUUUUGCAUUCUCAAUGAUCCAGCUUCUAGGAAUCAUUAUAGUGAUGUCUCAGGUUGCAUGGCAGGUUUUUCUUGUUUUUAUCCCUGUGAUCGCCACCAGCAUUUGGUAUCAGCAAUAUUACUUACCUUCGGCACGAGAACUUUCACGGUUAAUUGGAGUAUGCAAAGCUCCAGUGAUUCAACAUUUUGCUGAAACAAUUUCCGGGUCAACAACUAUCAGGAGCUUUGAUCAAGAAUCGAGGUUCAAAGACACAAAUAUGAAACUGAUGGAUGGAUAUUCUCGGCCCAAAUUCCAUAGUGCUGCUGCAAUGGAAUGGCUAUGCUUCCGCCUGGAUAUGUUGUCUUCUAUAACAUUUGCCUUUUCUUUGAUUUUCCUAAUUUCUAUCCCGAAGGGUGUAAUUGAUCCAGCACUUGCGGGAUUGGCUGUGACAUACGGGCUCAAUCUAAACAUGUUACAAGCUUGGGUCAUAUGGAAUCUUUGCAAUCUUGAGAACAAGAUUAUUUCAGUUGAGAGAAUACUUCAAUACACUUGUAUUCCUAGUGAGCCACCUCUUGUAAUAGAAGAAAGCCGGCCCGACCGUUCUUGGCCAUCGCAUGGAAAAGUUCACAUCCAUGAUCUACAGGUCCGAUAUGCCCCACACAUGCCACUUGUGCUGCGAGGUCUCACUUGCACUUUUCCGGGAGGGAUGAAAACUGGCAUUGUUGGGAGAACUGGAAGUGGUAAAUCUACUCUCAUUCAAACACUUUUCCGGAUUGUUGAACCUGCAGCCGGUCAGGUUAUGAUAGAUGGAAUCAAUAUCUCAUCAAUUGGACUGCAUGAUUUACGGUCAAGACUAAGCAUCAUUCCUCAAGAUCCAACCAUGUUUGAAGGAACUGUACGAAGCAACCUGGACCCUCUUGAAGAAUACACAGACGAGCAAAUAUGGGAGGCAUUGGAUAAGUGCCAACUAGGAGAUGAAGUAAGAAAGAAGGAAGGGAAGCUAGAUUCCAAAGUUACUGAGAAUGGAGAAAAUUGGAGUAAACUGAAAUUUGAGAUCCAAUUCCAGUUUUGA